CCACUGCCACGAUUACAAGUGUGCGAUUCCUCCGUAGCAAUGGCGUCACUCCGCCGCUUCCCCGGUCCUCUGCCUCCGCCGCUGUACCAAACAUUAACGCGGCCGGCCACAUAGCUCCAUGCGUGCAAACUAAUAAUGGAGUGGUUGGCUUCAGAUUAUCUCAAUUAAUCCUCCCUCCCAGACUUCUCAACCUCUAUCUUUAAAUCUCUGGGGACCUGAAAUGCCUAUAAAUAACUGUCACUCCUUUCUCCAGCUUCUCCACUCACAAAGCUCUUCGACUAAUUCAGUAUACAGCUAGCUACGAUGGUGGCGGCUCAGGGAAGGGGCAGCGCAGCAGUGGCUCUGGGGCUCACCACCCUGCUGCUUUGCCUCCUGCUGCACAGCAAAGUUGCCGACGGAGCCACUUUUACCGUCGGCGACGGCGGCGGCUGGAGCUUCAGCACCGUCGGCUGGGCUGAUGGAAAACGCUUCAGGGCCGGCGACGUGCUCGUGUUUAGGUACAAUCCGUCGGUGCACAACGUGGUGGCGGUGAGCGCGGCUGGGUACAGCAGUUGCUCUGCCCCCCGCGGCUCGAAGGUCUUCACCUCCGGCAACGAUCGCAUCACGCUGGGCCGCGGCACCAGCUACUUCAUCUGCAGCUUCGCCGGCCACUGCAAAUCCGGAAUGAAGAUCGCCGUCACCGCCACCUAGCUAGAUUGAUAUGCACCUACUGUGCUGUCGAAUAAAGUUGUUGGUUGUUUGUAGUUGUCGACAAAAAAUGCUUUGGGGUCCGACCAAAAUCAUCAUAUCAUGGAUGAUGGGCCACAAAUUAUGUAUGCCGGCUUCUUUAAUUUCUAUAUAAUCUCAUCUAUCUUUUAUUUA